CUUAUUAGAAAUUAAAUCCAAUCAAAUUGAUUAAAUUAAAUUGAAAAUUUUCUAAAAAAUCUAAUUUGAAUUUCCCGCAAUUCUCCACACCGAUCACUCUGCCCUCUCUCUUUGACUUUGUCUACUUUUUUGGUUGACCGGAAUAAAAAUUCACUUUUUAAAUUGUUCAACUUUUCUCAUGAUGAAAAUUUUCACUUCGUUUCUUUUGAACAUUUAAUUUGAUUGUUUACAAUUAAGUUUUCGACAAGUUUCAUUUGUGUAGGCAUUAAGUUGAAUUGUUUGAAUUCUUAUUGUGUAUCUUUCCUUAAUCCAAAGUUAAUCAGACAAACAAAUGAGUUAAAGCCGAGGAUUAAUCAAGCGAGAUUCGAGUGGUUUCCGAGUGGAUUGAUUAUUAUUCUGUUUCACUGUUUCAUUUGUUUCAAAUUGACAAUCGAAAUUAGUUCGAGUUUAAUUUUUUUCAUGUUGACCUGUUGAUCUUUUUCCGUGCCCAUCACAAUGAGUAAAAUACCAAGACAAUAUAUUCCCUAUUCCCAGGAGCAAAUGAAUUCUUGGCCAGGACUUAAUUUGGUUUCUUCAGCUGAACAACAACAGGAACCAGAACGAGAUCCUAAUCUAAAUAAGAAACUAUUAGAUGAGAAAGUGUCACAAUCUGCCCAAGCAAUGGCUCCACCAAAAGACUAUCAUGAUGAGAUUUUAAAAGCCAUGGCGGAAGUUAAAAAAAGCGGAUUGAAUGUUUGUGCAAUGGAUAUGGAACUUGCUAGAAUACGAAUGAAAGAUGGAUCACCGGUGUCGGUACCUGUUUGGAUUUCGAUUGUCGAUGGCUCGUGCAAAUUAGUUUACCACGAGUUCAUACGACAUCCAGAUUCUUCCAUCAUAGAAUAUGAUUAUGGAACCGAAUGUCAUGGGCUCAAACCUAAGGACGUCGAACAUGCGAAAGAUUUUCACUGUGCGAAAGAGGAAGUUGAAAAGCUAUUCAAGCAAUAUGAUCGAAUCAUUGUCUCUGGACAGAUCAAUGAUUUCGCAUCCUUAUUUAUAUCAAUAGAAGAUCAUUUGAAACUCUUACCUAAAAUUGUCUGUGUUUCAUCAUACUACAAUUGUCGUAAAUCCAGUGAUGGACUUGGAAUCAAAUUCUGUGCCUUUUUGAUGUUGAAUGUGAUCUUACAAGAUGAAACUCAUUCGCCGUUGGUAGAUGCCGCUUAUACUUUGUAUUUAUACCUGAUUGACUUUGAGAAUCAGAGAACCAUAUCAAAAUUUACUAAAACUAAAAGACUCGGGAAAAAAUACCAUGGAUACGUUUACCCGAAGAACGAGCAUAUGUCAAGUCUAUUGAGAGAGACAAUGGAUCUGAUCAAUGAUUGGCCGCAAUCGUUUAAAUACAAUGCAUAUGAUAGCGAAGCUUCUCGUUAUUAUAAAAUGAAUUCUCAAAAGUUCAAGGCAGAAGAUUAUGUUACCGCCAGUGCGAAAAACUCUGUCCCUCGUCCUUACAUAUUCGACGAGUUGAGGAAAAAAACAUUAACUUCGCAGAAUCUUCGUCAACCUCCACCUCCACCGGUCGAACCAACUUACGAUGUCGGUUGGGAUCAAUGUACAUGGUAGAUGAUUAACGAUAUUUUAUUGAAAUGACAAAAGACACUUUUGUUUAUAUUAAAGUUUUCUCCUUUUUCAAACAAAAAUCAAUCAGGUUGUUACUUAAUAUCAGGAACUAUCGUUGAUUUGUCAUUAAUUGUAUUACAUAUAAUUAAUUAAGUAAUAAUUACUUAUAUUAACUUCUAAGUGCACAAUUAAUGUGAAAAACGAUUAAAAUUUUUAACUUAUAUUA